AUGAAUCGAGGCGGUGGAGGUGGCCGAAAGGUCCUUCUUCCCCCAAUCAACUUCAUCUUCAAGCUGCUCCAACAGCAUACGCCUGUGUCUAUUUGGUUAUACGAGCAAUUGGGAAUCAGAAUUGAAGGAAAGAUCAGAGGUUUCGACGAGUUCAUGAACUUGGUGCUCGAUGAUGCAGUGGAGGUCAGGCAAGCUACAAAGGAUAAAGAAGAGAGUCGCAGGGCACUGGGACAAAUUCUCUUGAAGGGUGAUAAUGUUUCGUUAAUCCAGAGCGCAAGUGGAUAA